AUUUCUUUGAUGUUAGUGAGUCUAUGUGAUAAGUUCAACAAUGGCCCUAGUAUUGAAAAAGUUAUAUCAAGGAUAUUUCUGGGUUUUCGAUGAAUUAUCUGAUAAAAGGACAGACGAUAUACUCAUUUUCAAAUCACCACUAUGUAUGUUGGCCAUACAAGUCAGUUACAUCUACAUUGUCAAAUAUUUGGGGCCGAAAUUAAUGGAAAAUAGAAAACCGUUCAACAUAAGGAAAAUUUUGCUGGUUUAUAAUACUUUACAAAUAUUUCUAAAUGCGUUCAUAUGCUAUAAAGCAUGUAAUAUAAUGGCUCCAAAUCUAUUUGGGUGCGGCAAAAUCAACUAUUCCACUGAUGAACAAGGGUUGAGUGAGUUGUCGAUAAGUUUACAAUUUCUCUCAUUGAAAAUACUGGAUCUUAUGGAUACGGUCUUCUUCGUUCUACGCAAAAGCUACAGACAAGUUAAUUUUCUUCACGUUUAUCACCACGUAGCAAUGAUUUUAUGCUUGUGGAUUGGAGCCAGAUUUUUCCCCGGAGGAGUCGGAAUGUGGCUUGUUAUAGUGAAUGGUUUCGUACAUGUCCUGAUGUUCACAUAUUAUUUGCUGACAGCACUUGAUAGCAGUUGGAAAAACAGUAUUCGUUUGAAGAAAGCCCUGACUCAGAUCCAACUGAUCCAGUUCACAAUAUUCAUCAUAAUAUUUGGAAGGACGCUAGUUGAUCCCAGUUGUGAAUAUCCUAAACUUCCAGGGUAUUUAUUGGUGCCUCAAAACUGUUUCAUGCUGUUUCUUUUUGGCGAUUUCUAUGUGAAAGAAUAUAUCUUCAAGAAAGAAAAAAACAAUUAGGAAUAAGGAAUAUACUUUCUCAUUUUAUAUAUUGCAUUCUUGAUCAAAUUUGGUUUUCUUAGAAAAUAAACUUAUUUAUUUUUUCUCUUUGGAUAUGAAAAAUAAAGAGCAUGUAACAUUCA